UAGAUUUUUUCCCCUCUCAAUUCAAUUCAAUUCAACCUAUUCCUCUCUUAAACCCUAGCACCUGAAAUUUCGUUACUGAGAUCUAAGCAAUCCCGCAGAUUGGAACUCUUUCGUCUACACUUGAUAUCCGUAUUUGAGGUAAACUUUGCGCAUGUUCUGGAAUGGCCAACAAUUCUCAACCAUCUAGUGCCCAGCCACAUUGGCCUCCUUCAGUUGGAUCCAUGGGUCCUCAAAGUUAUGGCUCUCCCUUAUCUUCACAGUUUCGACCAGUGGCCCCAGCGCAGCAAGGACUACACUUUAUUCCAGGUGCUUCCCAGCAGUUCCGACCUGUUGGGCAGGUUCCCUCUCCAAAUGCUGGGAUGCCAGCUGUUCAAAAUUCGCAGAUGCAGUUUUCUCAGCCAAUGCAGCAGUAUCCACCCCGGCCAAAUCAACCUGGUCUUUCUACGCCUUCACAACAGCCUGUACAAGUACCAUAUGGUCAAACAAACAGGCCUCUUACAUCUGAACCGCCACAGGCACAUCAAUCUGCUCCCCCUUUGAAUAGUCAUAUGCCUGGUGUAGGAGCCCCUGGAAUGCCCCCAUCUUCAUCAUAUGGUUUUGCGCCAUCUUCUUUUGGCCUUCCUCAGAACGUUAGCACACCUUCCCAGUUUCAGCCUAUAUCUCAGGUGCAUGCAUCUGUUGCCCCAGUUGCCAUGCAACCUUGGUUGUCAACCGGAAAUCAGAGUGUUUCACUUGCUACACCUAUACAGCAGACUAGCCAACAGCCUCCCCUUUCUUCUGCUGAUGCGGUUGCAAAUGUUGCUAGCCUUACUCUGCAAUCUUCUGAUUGGCAAGAGCAUACAUCCGCUGAUGGAAGAAGAUACUAUUACAACAAAAAGACAAGGCAAUCUAGUUGGGAAAAGCCUCUGGAACUGAUGACACCAAUAGAGAGAGCUGAUGCAUCCACGGUUUGGAAGGAAUUCACUACUUCGGAGGGAAGAAAAUAUUAUUACAACAAGGUUACAAAGCAGUCUAAGUGGACAAUACCUGAGGAAUUGAAGUUAGCACGUGAGCAAGCUCAGGCGGUAGCUAGCCAAGGAACUCCAUCAGGCUCAGGAGUGCCUCAAGCUCCAGUUGCUGCUAUUGGUUCUGCAGCUGAGAUGCCUUCUACAGCUAUUUCUUCGAGCUCCAACACUUUGCAGGAUUCAAGCCUGGCUUCAGUUAUGCCUGUUGUUAAUUCUUCACCCAAUUCAGCAUCUGGACCAACGGCUAUUCCUGUUUCACAAUCUGCUACUACAGAUGCACCUGGGGCAGUGUCUGUGUCACCUUUACCUGCUGUUCCCUUGGGAGGUUCCACUGUUUCUGUUCCUUCUGUCAAUGCUAACACAGCAGUCACAAGAAGCUUGGAACCUAUGGCAACUGAAGACACAGAUGGAGCUUCUGCUCAAGACAUUGAGGAAGCGAGAAAGGGGAUGGCAACUGGUGGAAAGGUUAAUGUGACUCCAGUAGAAGAGAAAAUUCUGGAUGAUGAGCCUUUAGUAUAUGCAAAUAAGCUGGAGGCAAAAAAUGCUUUCAAAUCUCUCCUUGAAUCUGCAAAUGUGCAAUCUGAUUGGACGUGGGAGCAGGCAAUGAGAGAAAUAAUUAUUGACAAAAGGUAUGAUGCUCUGAAGACACUUGGUGAGCGGAAGCAAGCCUUUAAUGAGUAUUUGGGUCAAAGAAAAAAGUUAGAAGCCGAGGAAAGGCGAAUGAGACAGAAGAAGGCUCGGGAGGAGUUUACAAAAAUGCUGGAAGAGUCUAAGGAACUAACAUCAUCCAUGAGAUGGAGUAAAGCUCAAAGUUUGUUUGAAAAUGAUGAGCGGUUUAAGACUGUUGAACGUGCCAGAGAUCGGGAAGAUCUUUUUGAAAGCUAUAUAGUGGAUCUUGAGAGGAAGGAAAGGGAACAUGCUGCAGAGGAAAAAAGGCGUUAUAUAGCAGAAUAUAGAAAAUUUCUGGAAUCCUGUGAUUUUAUUAAGGUAAACAGCCAGUGGAGGAAAGUUCAAGAUCGUUUGGAGGAUGAUGAAAGAUGCUCUCGUCUUGAAAAAAUUGAUCGGCUGCUCAUAUUCCAGGACUGCAUUCUUGACUUAGAGAAGGAAGAAGAGGAAAAAAAGAAGAUGCAAAAGGAACAAUUGAGACGUGCCGAGCGCAAAAACCGUGAUGCAUUUCGUAAGCUAAUGGAAGAUCAUGUUGCUGAUGGCACUCUUACAGCUAGAACUUAUUGGCGAGAUUAUUGUUUGAAGGUGAAAGAUUUGCCUCAAUAUCUUGCUGUUGCAUCAAACACAUCUGGUUCGACACCAAAAGAUUUGUUCGAGGAUGUUGCUGAAGAAUUAGAAAAACAGUAUCAUGAAGACAAAACCCGUAUAAAAGAUGCAAUGAAGUCGGGGAAGAUUACCAUGGUUUGUUCAUGGACAUUCGAAGACUUCAAGGCUGCUAUUUCAGAAGAAGUUGGUUCCUCGCUGAUAUCAGAUAUUAAAUUAAAGCCUGUGUAUGAUGAGUUACUUGAGAGAGCCAAGGAGAAGGAGGAGAAAGAGGCUAAAAAACGACAACGUCUAGCUGAUGACUUCACUAAACUAUUGCAUACCUAUAAGGAGAUAACGGCAUCUUCUAAUUGGGAGGAUUCCAAGCCACUUUUUGAAGAAAGUCAAGAAUACAUAUCAAUUGCAGAAGAGAGCAGUAGGAGAGAGAUUUUUGAGGAAUACAUUGCACACUUACAGGAGAAAGCUAAAGAUAAGGAGCGAAAACGAGAGGAGGAGAAGGCUAAAAAGGAGAGAGAUAGAGAAGAUAAAGAGAAAAGGAAGGAGAAGGAAAGAGAACGUGAAAGGGAAAAGGGUAAGGAUCGAACUAAAAAGGAUGAGACAGACGGUGAGAAUUUAGAUAUAUCCGACAGCUAUGGCCAUAAAGAAGAGAAGAAAAAGGACAGGGAGAAAGACAGGAAACAACACCGUAAACGUCAUCAAAGCACCGCUGAUGAUGAGAGUUCGGACAAGGAUGAUAGAGAGGAGUCCAAGAAGUCUCGGAGACAUGGCAGCGACCGUAAGAAAUCAAGAAAGCAUGCCCAUUCACCUGAAUCCGAGAGUGAAAGCCGGCAUAAAAAGCACAAGAGAGAUCGUGAUGGGUCGCGUAGAAACAGUGGUUAUGAGGAGCUCGAAGAUGGUGAACUUGGUGAGGAUGGUGUAGUUCCAUAUUUACCUUUAUCAUGAAAAAGGCUAAGAAACAAGUUCUUAAAGAUUUCAUUGCUACAUUGUUGUUUUUCUUUUUGACAAUCAGAGUAAUUUUCGACUUUGGUACUUUUAACCCACACCCACACAUCAG